AUGCACAUCCUCCCCGCUGGACUCUGGAGUGUGAUCGCUCCGCAGCAGCUCAGCCCGUCCUUCCGAGCGAAGCACCGCACGGCCCACCGCAGGCUUGGCCGCCUGUUCAUCUUGAUGAGCGUCAGCAUUGCCCUCGGGCUCGUCCCUCUUGUCCUCAGCGUGGCCCCCACGACUCCGGCGAGUAAAACCACUCUCGGACCGAGCGCAUUGAUUGUGGAUUGGAGUGACGGAAGGGAAUCGCUCGUCUUCUCAGGCUACUUCUUGGUAACGGGCUUGCUGGCAGUUCACCACGCAAGAAACAAGGGUUUUGCCGAUCACAGAUAA